AUGGAGCUUAUGGGGCUCGACGAUGUCGGUGAAUUCAGCAGUGCACACGCCUGGCACACGGGUGGCGACUCGUUCCAGGCGCGCUACGCGCCCGGCGCGCCCCGCUCGCCGGAGCGGCGGCGUCCAUCGCUUCCUAAUCCACUCGAAACGAGUAUCGAGUCUCUUUCGAGCGAGGGACUGCGCUCCAACGCGUCGCACACCCCGUCGACGCUCACGUCGCCCGCCGCACAAUGGUUGGGGUCACUCAACAGCAGCGUCGGCUCACCAGAGGACCCCGGGCAGGCGUCGAAUAGCAUGGUGCACCACCUGCGCCGCUCGGCUUCCAACAGGCCGCGCAUGCCACCGCGACGGCCCUCGCUGACGCCCAGCUUCACGGGCGCCUCGCUCGAUCGUAAGUCGUCGCUGGGGCGCUCCGGGCCCCCGCGGGCGGACGAGGAGGGGUACGUGUUUGGCAAAGAGACCAAGUACCGCGUGGGCCGCGCCAUUGGGUUUGGCGAGAGCUCGGUGGUACACCAGGGCUUUGUCGUUGAGUCCGACAAUGAAAGCGGUUCGGACGCGAGUAUGGAUGCCGAUCCCCUCCCGCACGUCGCCAUCAAGAUUGUGCGCCACCGGCAGUGCGAUGGAGAAGUGCCCCACCUCUCGGAGCUGAACGUGUGGUCCUCCUUGCCACGGCAUCCCCACCUCUUGGCCCUCACCCACUAUGAGCGCAUCAGCGAGCCGGCUUCAUCCGGCGGCGCGGGUCGUAUCCUCGACUACCUGGUGAUGGACUACAGUCCGUUUGGAAACCUCCUCGAGUUUUUGCGGCGCGAAGGUGCCAUUUCUGAGCGCGCAAUGCAGUCGUCGUACUCGCGUCACAUCCGUGGCACGCCGCUCGGCUCGGCAGACAUGCGCAACUCGCACUCGGAAACCUCGAGUUUCUCGGCGUCGGCGCGCGGUGCCUCGGGCGCCAUGUCCGGAUCGAUCAGCAGCAUCCUUGCAUCGUCCGCGUCGCCCAAGAUGGAUGCGGCCUCUUCGCUGCGCCCGCUGCGCUCCUUGUCGAGCCAGCGUCGCUCGCGGGGCGUCCCGAUCGACGUCGCACGCGACAUUCUGCGCCAGCUCGCCUCGGGACUGUACUGUCUGCACAAGGUUGCGUCGGUGGUCCACUGCGAUCUGAAGCUGGAAAACAUUCUUGCGUUCUUGCCCGAGGACAUUCAAGGGGAGGGCACGGGCUCGGCGCUAGCGUGGAAGAUUGCUGACUUUGGGCUUGCCGAGCAUGCCUCGAGCGAAGUCCCCGCCGAACUCCGUGGGCGCGGCGCGCCGUUGGGCGGCACGCUCGCCUACGCACCGCCCGAGGUGGUGCGCUACAUUGACCUGGACAUGAACAUACCCGAUAAUAUCCCAUCGCACGCGCCUCCUUCGCGCGAGGCAUUCCACACACCGUUUGCUCGCGACAUGUGGUCGCUGGGCUGUAUUCUCUAUGCCCUUCUCACCGGCAACCUCCCAUUUGUCGAUGGAUUGCACGUCCGGCUGCAACGCAAGAUUCUCGCGGGCGAGUACGAAAUGCCGGUGCGUUUGCUCACGGGCAAGGAGCGCGUCGCGCUCGACAUUGCGUCGGAUUUGCCGAGCGAGACACUCGGUUUCCGUGCGGACCCCGAACUGGACACGGACGAGUGCCGGCAACAGGCGCACCAGGUGCUCGUGAGCCUGUUGGAACCCGAUCCCCGCCUGCGCUGGGACAUUGAUGACUUGUGCCAAUCGGCAUGGCUUGAACUUUAUUAA